ACCCACUUGACGUGGUCAAGACCCGAGUUCAACUUCAGACCGGUGCCGCCACCGCGGGACAAGACCACUACAAUGGCAUGUUCGACUGCCUGCGCAAGAUCGUGAAGAACGAAGGGUAAACAACCUCCUCCUUCCUCCUCCGUCCGAAACCCCAACACCACACCACACCACACCACACCACACCACAAACCCGAGGCCCACAAACUAACACCUCCCCCUUCAAUCGCACCAGCUUCUCCCGCCUGUACCGCGGAAUCUCCGCCCCGAUCCUGAUGGAAGCGCCCAAGCGCGCAACCAAAUUCGCCGCCAACGACAGCUGGGGCAGCUUCUACCGGAACCUGUUCGGCGCGGCGGAGCAGACGCAGUCUCUCGCCAUCCUGACGGGCGCCACUGCAGGUGCGACGGAGUCGUUCGUGGUCGUGCCCUUCGAGCUGGUCAAGAUCCGGCUGCAGGACCGCGCGUCGGCCGGCAAGUACAACGGGAUGCUGGACGUGGUGCGCAAGAUCGUCGCGGCCGAGGGCCCCCUGGCCCUGUACAACGGCCUCGAGUCCACCCUGUGGCGCCACAUCCUCUGGAACUCCGGCUACUUCGGCUGCAUCUUCCAGGUGCGCGCGCAGCUCCCCGCCGCCGAGCCCGGCAACAAGGCCCAGCAGACCCGCAACGACCUCAUCGCCGGUACCGUCGGCGGUACCGCGGGUACCAUCCUCAAUACCCCCAUGGACGUCGUCAAGAGCCGCAUCCAGAACACCGACAAGAUCCCCGGCCAGGUCCCCAAGUACAACUGGGCCUGGCCCGCCGUCGGCACCGUCAUGAAGGAGGAAGGCUUCGGCGCCCUGUACAAGGGCUUCAUCCCCAAGGUCCUGCGGCUGGGCCCCGGCGGUGGUAUCCUGUUGGUCGUGUUCACCGGCGUGAUGGAUUUCUUCCGCAAGAUGCGCGAUGAGUAGAUUCCUUUCUGGCUUUCGGUUGUUUUUACUUUUUUUUUUAUGAUCAUCAUGAUAGAAGAGGGCGGAAGAGAGAGAGAGAGAGAGAAGGGGGGGGGGGGAGAAGCAAAAGAGCAAGGAUAGAAAAGAGAUAUCCGACUUGUCUUAUCUUGUCGCAAUAGAUUCAUCCUCUAUUGUCGUCGUUGUCGUCGUUGUCGUCGUUGUCGUCGUUAUCGUUGUUAUGAAUAACCUUUCUUGUAUUUGCAUGCAGAAGACGAUCAUCCAUUUGAUGUGAUACCAAAUCAGGAAGCCAGCCAUUUGUAAAGAUGCUAUUCAACAGGACACCGUAUCCUACAUGACUCCCUUUCCAUGACCUACCCCUAGAAAAUAAAUGAAAUACUCAUAGAUGGUCACCCAA